CUUGCUCAGAGUAUUUUGCACCUGGUUGUGAACAUCAGGAACAGAUGGAUAGAGAAGAAGGACCAACAAUGUCGGAGGCAUAUGGCUGUUUUGAUCCUGGAAAACAUGCUCCAGAGUACGACAUUGGAUUAGAAUUGGGUAUUGCACGUAAACAACUAGAUGAAGAUAUCUCACAGCUUGGAGAAUUAGAUGAUAAUUCAUACAGAGAUAUGGUGAGAAAUUUGAAUGUACAAUGUAGUAUUCCGGAAUUGUCUUUGUCUUAUCAUGUUGGUUUUGUCUGUUAUUUGUCAUUGUAUGUUUUCCGCCCUAAUAAACUACAUGUGUUUUGUGUGACUGAUUUCUGACUAACUUUUUGGACAGAACAGUGGCGACGAGGAUUAAAGUGUCAAGAUGACAGCAGUUUUCGGGAAAAUAGAUUCUUUCGAGGAGGGCAAAGAGACAUGGGAACAUUACUGUGAGCGUCUGGGACAUUAUUUCAUAGCAAAUGGAAUCGGUGACACCGAAGAGGCGGAUAAAAAAAAGAGGCGGUCUAUUUUGCUCAGUGUGUGUGGCAGUAAAAUAUAUAAACUGAUGAGUGACCUCUUAGCACCAAAUAAACCAGGUACGAAAACUUUUGAUGAACUUGUAAAAUUAGUGCAAGAUCAUUAUGCACCCAAACCCUCGGAAAAAGUCCAAAGAUUCAAAUUCCAUAAUCGUUUUCGCAGACCAGGAGAGUCUGUGGCCUCGUUUGUGGCCGAAUUACGUCAUUUAACGGAACAUUGCAAUUUUGGUGCGGCUAUUGAAGUGAUGAUUAGGGACCGUCUGGUUUGCGGGAUCAUGGACGAUAAGAUACAGAGACGCCUGCUAGCGGAGAAGGAUUUGACUUUAAAGAAAGCAUAUGAAACUGCAAUAUCAAUGGAAACUGCGGCGAAGGGAGUACUUGAUCUACAGAGUGGAACUCCACAUGCUGAAACUGUAAACAAAGUGAGUGAUGGUGAAAAACCACAAAAAGACAAAAGUAGCAUAAAGUGUUAUUAUUGUCACUUAUUUGGACACUUUGCCGCAGAGUGUAGGGAAAAGAAGGCAGACCAAGUCGCUAAUCGGGGAAAAGGAAGAGGAAACUCGAGAGGCAAUUUUUGGAGUAACAAACCAAGGGAUCAGUUCAGAAGAGAAAAUGUGCACAAUGAUUCCAUAUGCUUCCUUAACACCCCCGCGCAGCCACCAUAUCGUGUGUUUUUAGCAUUGAAUGGAGUAGAUCAGUCUAUGGAGUUGGAUACGGGAGCCAGUAAGACCGUGAUUAGUGAAGAAGUAUACAAGACUUUAUGUAAAUCCGACUCUCGGUUGAACUUAGAACCUUCAUGCACAAAAUUGCGUACUUACACUGGGGAACUUAUUCCCAUCCUAGGAACAGUACAGUUGAUUGUGAAGUACAAAGAUAAACAGUAUGAUCUGAAAGCAGAAGUGGUAAAAGGGAAGACACCGUGUUUACUUGGCCGUGAUUGGCUUGAUGUCAUUAAACUGUGCUGGGAUGAAGUAUUUCAGAUUAAAACAGAAGUACAGUCUGAUGUGGAACAGAUUCUGAAAAAAUAUAAAGUUGUGUUCAAGAAAGAAUUGGGGACAGUCCAAGGAGUGAAAGCAAAGAUAUAUGUUGACUCUCAGGAAAAACCGAGAUACUUUAAAAGUCGUUCACCACCUUUUGCCUUGAAAGAGAAAAUUGAACAUGAGUUGGACAGAUUAGUUCGUGAAGGAACUGUUACACCUGUAGAGUUUUCAGAGUGGGCAACGCCUAUCGUACCAAUAGUAAAGAGCGACAAGACCGUACGUAUUUGCGGUGAUUAUAAAGUCACAGUGAAUAGAGUUUCGAAGCUGGACAACUAUCCUAUUCCAAAAACGGAGGAUCUAUUUGCAAUAUUAGGGGGUGGCGAACAUUUUUCCAAACUCGACCUGAGUCAAGCCUAUCAGCAGUUAGAGUUAGAUGAGGAAUCCAAGAAAUACACCACUAUUAACACACAUAAGGGGCUUUUUCAGUAUAAUCGUCUACCUUUCGGAAUCUCAUCUGCUCCUGGCAUAUUUCAGAGAACUAUUGAAAACCUGCUCCAGGGCAUAUCCAGUGUUAUUGUUCGAUUAGAUGAUAUACUUGUGACUGGAAAAACCCGUGGUGAACAUUUACAAAAUCUUGCGGAAGUGUUAAAGAAGUUGGAAGCAGCGGGAGUUCGACUGAAAAGAGAGAAGUGUGUUUUCUUGGCAGAUGAAGUUACAUACCUUGGACAUCGCAUAAAUAAGCAUGGAAGACAGCCAACUGAAGACAAGGUGCAAGCGAUCAAGAACUUACCUGAACCAAAUAACGUUAAAGAAUUACAGGCUUUUCUUGGAAUGCUUAACUACUCUGGUUGCUACUUACCAAAUCUGUCAACUGUAUUAGCACCAUUACAUGAACUCUUAGGAAAAGAUGUUGCAUGGUCUUGGGGUCCUAAACAGUCAAACGCAAUGCAGGAGUCAAAAAACCUUUUGAGAUCUUCAUCUAUACUAGUUCAUUUUGAUUCAGCCAAGAAGCUUGUCAUGUCCUGUGAUGCCUCGCCAACUGGGUUGGGUGUUGUGUUGUCACACAUUACAGAAGAAGGAGAGAAGCCAAUAGCUUAUGUGUCACGAACCCUGGCACCAGCAGAAAAGAACUACUCUCAGUUGGAAAAGGAGGGACUUGCAAUUAUAUUCGGAGUGAAAAAACUUCAUCAGUACCUGUAUGGUCAUCAUUUUGUUAUCUAUACUGACCACAAACCAUUAUUGGGCCUGUUUAAACCUGACCGAGCCAUUCCAACCAUGGCUGCCGCUCGAAUUCAGAGAUGGGCUCUGAUCCUGGCCGGAUACGAGUAUGAAAUAUUGUACAAGGAGGGUAAGAAGAAUGGUAAUGCAGAUUGUUUGAGUCGUCUUCCACUCAAGGUGAGUGUGGAUGUACCUGUACCGGGGGAGACUAUUUUACUCAUUGAACACUUAAACAGUACACCAGUACAUGCUGAAGAAAUUGAAGAAUGGACACAGUUGGACCCACUCCUGCGUCAAGUAACCUUUUGUAUAAAGAAUGGAUGGAAAGAGAAAAAUAAGGAUGAGGAACUUCGUCCUUAUUUUAGCAGACGAAACGAACUAAGUGCUCAUGAAGGGUGUAUUCUAUGGGGAAGUCGUGUGGUGAUCCCAGAACCAGGAAGAGAAAAAUUAUUGGAUUUGUUGCAUGAAGGACAUCCUGGAAUAGUCAGGAUGAAAAACCUGGCAAGGAGCUACUUGUGGUGGCCAGGAAUUGAUGAAGCUAUUGAGACCAAAGUACGAGGAUGUGAAGAUUGCCAGGCACAAAGCGCCAUGCCGGCAGUGGCGCCCUUGCAUCCCUGGGAAUGGCCAGAUCGCCCCUGGUCUAGAGUACAUGCAGAUUAUGCAGGACCUUUUAUGGGAUCCAUGUUUUUGAUCCUAAUUGACGCUUAUAGCAAGUGGAUUGAGGUCUAUAAGUCAUCUACUUCUACAUCUGAAGUGACCAUCGAAAAAUUCAGACAGGCAUUUGCAACACAUGGAAUCCCUGAUGUACUUGUUACGGACAAUGGGACCUGUUUUACAAGUCAUGAAUUUUCCUGUUUUACAUCGGAGAAUGGUAUUCUACAUGUGAAGACCUCACCAUACCACCCCGCAUCCAAUGGGUUGGCUGAGCGGGCUGUUCGAAUUUUUAAGGAAGGGAUGAAGAAGAUGGAUAAAGGCCCUGGAUCAUUGAUGACCAAGUUGCAAAGGUUUUUGUUAAACUACCGAACAACUCCACAUACUACGACGGGUGUAACUCCAGCAGAACUCCUCAUGAAUAGGAAAUUACGAACAAAGCUAGACUUCGUCAAACCUGAAAUUCGAGAACGAGUAGAAAAUCGACAGAAGAAAUUCAAGCACUACCAUGAUGCACAUGCAAAAGGACGAACCUUUAUGGAAGGAGAUGCCGUUAUUGUGAAAAGUUUUCCAAGUGGACAGUGGAAAUGUGGGGAAAUAACACAAAAGACAGGACCAGUAUCAUACAGAGUCGCACUACCAGACGGAGGAAUCGCACGCAGACAUGUCGAUCAUAUCAAGCAGCGACAUUUUAAACCAUCUAUGGAACUGGACAAUCCUGAUGGAAGCGACUAUACUCAUACCCCAGUAACCAUAGAAGAGAGUCCUACAUCCAAAGCAUCCGACUGCGAGUCCGUGACCGAUACGACUUUACCAUUAUCCACUACAUGUACUUCAACAUCGUCCAGCGCUCCAAGCGUAACCAGUCCACGCAGAUCAUCUCGUUCUGUUAAAAAACCAGCCUAUCUGGACGACUACGUAACUCCAUAAAUAAACGGUUGAAAUGGAAGGGACAGAUUUGUGCCUUUAUGUUGUGUGUACCCACCUUUUGAACUGUUAAAGUUAACGAUAUAAUAACUAUAAUUUUGAAGAUAUUGCAUAUACUGAUAUAUAUGUAAGUAGUUUAAAUAUGUUUUAUUUACAGUUGAUGAUCUAGUCAAAAUCAUUAUGAAAUUAACUUAAAGGGGGAGGAAUGUAGUAUUCCGGAAUUGUCUUUGUCUUAUCAUGUUGGUUUUGUCUGUUAUUUGUCAUUGUAUGUUUUCCGCCCUAAUAAACUACAUGUGUUUUGUGUGACUGAUUUCUGACUAACUUUUUGGACAGAACAGUACAACAAAAAGAAUUUUUCAACCAUGUUUUGCACUGGCAUAAAACUAAAACUGACCCCAUGUAUGUGUUCUUGACAGGAGGUGCAGGUGUUUGGAAAAGUGUUGUCACUCGAGCUUUGUAUCAGGCAUUGUUGAAAUACUACUCGCAUCAGGUAAGUCAAAAUCCAGAUAACCUUCAUGUUCUGCUUUGUGCACCAACCGGAAAAGCUGCACAUAAUAUAAAUGGUGCUACAGUUCAUUCAGCAUUCUGUAUUCCUGCUGGACAAGGAUUUUCUUACAAACCACUGGAUAUGCAGCAACUCAAUACACUGCGAACAAAGUA